AUGCCUGGUGAAGCCACAGAAACCACUGCGGCUACAGAGCAGGAUUUGCCACAGCCCCAGGCUGAGACAGAGACUGGAACAGAAUCUGACAGUGAUGCAGUACCAGAGCUCAAGGAACAGAAUUCUACACAGGCAACCACACAACAAGCCCAGCUGGCAGCAGCAACUGAAACUGAUGAAAGACCAAUCAGUAAAGCAAAACAGAGUCAAAGUGAAAAGAAGGCAUGGAAGGCAAAGUCCAAAUUGGGUCUUCAACACGUCACAGGGGUUACUAGAGUCAAUAUUGGGAAACUGAAGAAUAUCUACUUUGUCAUCAAAAAGUCAGAUGUCUACAAGAGUACGUCUUCAGAUAUCUAUAUAGUUUUUGGAGAAGCCAAGAUCGAGGAUUUUUCUCAGUAA